AUGGCCAACGACAGCUCCCUCAACAAGUUCCUUCUAAUGGCAUUUGCAGACACACGGGAGCUGCAGCUCUUGCACUUCUCCMUCUUYCUGGCCAUCUACCUGGCUGCUCUGCUGGGCAACGGCCUCAUCAUCACAGCUGUAGCCUGUAACCACCGCCUCCACACCCCCAUGUACUUCUUCAUCCUCAAUCUCUCCCUCCUCGACCUGGGAUCUAUCUCCACCAUUGUCCCCAAAUCCAUGGCUAGUUCUCUGUGGAACACCAGGGCCAUUUCCUACUGGGGAUGUGUUACACAGGUCUUUCUGUUUGCCUUUUUCAUGUCAGCAGAGUAUUCUCUUCUCACAGUUAUGGCCUAUGACCGUUAUGUUGCCAUCUGCAGACCCUUGCACUAUGGCACCCUCAUGGACAGCAGAGCUUGUGUCAAAAUAGCAGCACUUGCCUGGGCAUCUAAUUUUCCCUAUGCUCUUCUGCACGCUGGGAGCACAUUUUCCAUACCACUGUGCCAAGGCAAUGUGGUUCAGCAGUUCUUCUGUGAGAUCCCCCAGAUCCUCAAGCUCUCCUGCUCAGRUUCCUACCUCAGGGAAGUUGAGCUUCUUGGG